GCCCGGUCCACAGAGCCCAAAAUGGCGAGUCGGGGUACGGGGUCAGGGAGCUAGAGGGAUCAAGUGGGGGACCGGUCCUCCCAGGGCCCCGCGCUCCGGAGCUCGGAGCUCCACUCUCCAGGCCCGGAGAGGAGCGGGAAGCGGGCGCCUCCUCCCCUAGGGCGGCGGGGAGGCCUGUCGACCUUGCAGCCGAGCCGAGGAAGAGGGAAGUGGCGUCCGCGGAAGCCAGAGCUGGGCGGAGUGCCCUUGAGAAGAUCCGCUCAUUGGUUUUAUACCAAACCCGACAAGGCCUCAGUUGUCCAAGGCCCCAGGAGGAUGUCACACAUAGGAGUAAAACUGUUCCUAGAGCAGAUGAUGAUGAGACAUCUAGAGGUGAAGGCAUGCUUGUACCCCCACAGGGAGGCUUUAUGGGAGGCUAAGGAGUCCGUGAAAGAGCGCUCCGGUGAGAGGAAGAAAUCCAGCCCACGAAUGGACAGUCUGGGUCCUGAGAGCGCUCACCAGCACUUCCGGAGCUUCUAUUACCAUGAAGCGCCUGGGCCGCACGAAGCUGUCAGCCAGCUUCAGGAAUUAUGCCACCAGUGGCUGAGGCCAGAGAUCCACUCGAAGGAGCAGAUCUUGGAACUGCUGGUGUUAGAGCAGUUCCUGACCAUUCUGCCCAGGAGCACCCAGAGCUGGGUGCAGAAGUAUCAUCCACAGAGCAUCAAGGAGGCUGUGGCCCUGGUAGAGCGCUUUCAGAGGGAACCUGGUGGAAUAAGUGAUGAGGUCACAGCCCAUGAUUGGGAAAAGGAGGCCGUGCCCUUGGGAGGAACAGCAGUGGCCCCAGGCUUUAAGUGGAAGCCCGCAGAGCCCCAACCAAUGGGUGUGUUCCAGAAAGAAUGUUGGAAUACAUACCGGGUACUACAGGAACAGCUGGGCUGGAAUACUCACAAAGAAACCCAGCCUGUAUAUGAAAGAGCGCUGCCUGCUCAACAGAUUCUAGCCUUUUCUGAGCAGAAAAGCCCCCCAAACUGGAAGAUGGCGUCUGAGCUCAUCUUGCCUGAGUUCCAGAGCUUGUUGACAUUUGAAGAUGUGGCCGUGUCUUUUUCUGAGGAAGAGUGGAAAUUACUGGGCCCUGCUCAGAAGAUCCUUUACAAUGAUGUCAUGCAGGAAAACUACGAGACCGUCCUCUCUCUAGGGUUAAAGCUCAAAAAUGACACUGGAAAUGACCAACCUAUAUCUGUUUCUGCAUUAGAAAUACAAGCGUCAGGACGCAAAGUGUUAAGAAAGGCCAGAAUGAAAGUUGCCCAGAAAACAACAGGCAAAGAAAAUCACGGUGCUACACGUAGGCUGCGGAAACGGCAUCGAGCUUUCCUAGGGAGGAAAAGAAAGAAACUUUCAACUUGUAAACAAGAGCUUCCAAAACAAAUGGAUCUUCACGGGAAAGGCCAUGCAGGAGAGAAACCUUUUAAGUGCCAGGAAUGUGAGAAAAGCUUCAGGGUUAGCUCUGACCUUAUUAAGCACCAGAGAAUUCACACUGAAGAGAAACCCUACAGAUGUCAACAGUGUGAUAAGAGGUUUAGAUGGAGUUCAGAUCUUAAUAAGCACUUAAUGGCACACCAAGGAAUAAAACCCUACAGAUGCUCAUGGUGUGGCAAAAGCUUCAGUCACAAUACAAAUCUACACACACACCUAAGAAUUCACACAGGGGAGAAGCCCUUUAAAUGUUAUGAAUGUGGGAAGAGAUUCAUUCAGAACUCUCACCUUAUUAAACACCAGAGAACCCACACGGGUGAGCAGCCGUAUACCUGCAGCGUAUGCAGGAGAAGCUUCAGCAGGCGGUCAAGCCUCCUCAGACACCAGAAGCUCCACAGGACAAGGGAAUCCUGUCCAGGGUCUCCAGUCUGAAGAAAAUCACCGUACGGCUCUUGACCCCAGAGGCGAUGAAAGAGUGUAAAACUAUGAGGCACCCGCGGUAAAGAAUUUGUCACCAACGGGACAUUUUGGAGGGGUACACGCCAUACGUCACAGAAAGGAGUCUAAGCUGUCUCUCUCGUUCAGCGUCGUAUCUUCAGCGCCUGGCACGAGACCGAUACACAAUGAGUACUUGCUAAAUAAACGAGUGGAAAUACAGUUAUCAAA